GGGUUGCCAUUAGCCCAGAGCAGCCGUCCCGCAGCCAUCUGGAUGACGACGGGCUGACGCUGCACACGGACGCCAUCCAGCAGAGGCUAAGGCAGAUCGAGGCGGGACACCAGAUGGAGGUGGAGACUCUGAAGAAACAGGUGCAGGAGCUGUGGAGCCGCCUGGAGAAUCAGCAGCACGCCGGCUCCCACAGGAUCAACGGAGACAUGGGAGACGAAGUGACCUCAAUGACAGACUCUGAGUACAACCUGGACCCCAACUGUUUGUCGCGCUGCAGCACAGAGCUUUUCUCCGAGGCCAGCUGGGAGCAGGUGGACAAGCAGGACACUGAGGUGACUCGCUGGUACCCAGACCAUUUGGCAGCCCAGUGUUAUGGCUGUGAGAGCAGGUUCUGGCUCGCCACCAGGAGGCAUCACUGCAGUGGCAGGGAGCCUGUCCAGGAGGUCUGGUGAGAUCCGGCUCCCCUGUCCCUUCACCUUCCACCCUUUUUAACCUGGCAUCGCUGCACCUCCCUCCUCCUAAUCCUCAACCCCCCUUUCCCCUCCCUGCUCCUUCCCCUCCUCACCUGUUGCAUCGGGUAUUCCCUUCAUUCUGUUGUAGUUGUCAGCAAAUUCUCAGGGAAAUUUCUCUUCAUUUCUGAGAUGUAUUGACUUGAGUGUGCGUCCUGCUGCGCCAACGUGUUUCCAUUUGGCGGUUUUAAUUGGCUGUGCGUAAGCACGGUGCUGUCAGUGAGAGGGCUGUGAUUGGUCGAGGGCUGAUUGUUUAGAUCAGAUUUCCAGAUCAGAAAAAUUCUAAUCUUAAAAAAAAAAAAAAAAAAAAACUUUCCUCAAGUUCCUCAACCCUCCUCCUGCCUUAGCACCACAUCAGCACCCUACCAUCCCACCACCCUCAACACACAACGCAGCAGCAUGCUGCCCCAAACCAGCCAUCUGCAUCUCACCUCCCAGCAGCACAGCAUGGUACUGGAGACCACUCAGUCCACCUGGUGGUGUGAAAAAGGCUGGAGACUCAGAGUGAAUUAUUUUUUUAUUUAUUUUUUUCUGCUCAGGGUGAGUACAGAUAGUUAGUUAGAAGAGGCCGCUGUAUGUGUUAGUGUGUGAGCAUGGCCUUACAUCUUAAUCUGAGCAUGGGUAUCGGAAACCUUCAGUGUGAGCUGCCUUCCUGUUUAGUGAUGGUUAACGUGUUUUUUAAUGGGCUGAAUAAUUAAGUUAGCACCGCUGAGUGUUAGAGCACCUUUUCUAACCCGGCAUGUAGUGCAACAUCACAGCAGAGUUGACCUGAGUUUUGCUCAGAACUCUCAUUCCUUCUUUCCACCUGUUUUUAUCAUGCGUCCAAGGCAUAGACUGUAUAUAAAGAUGGACUACCCAUCUUCACUUCUUCCCACUGUACAAAAGUGAAGCCAAAAUAUCCCGGAUACAGCCGCUUCCAUCUUGUAACUUUGGAUCGGGCGGUAUGAAAGUUCUGCCCAUACACCCGCAUGACCAAUCCCGAGUCAAUCACAGCUGUCAAUCAUGACGUUUCUCCCGAAUACAGUACCAGUCAAAAGUUUGGACACAAUUAACUCAUUCACUUGAAUGGGAAAGCGUGCCCAAACUUUUAUUAGUUUGGCCCAAAUCCCAUUUGCUUACAUUGAGUGGGCGGGAUUUAUGACUUAUACUGCAGCGGAAUCGAGAUGUUUUGGCUUCACUUAAACUGUCUAUGCAUCAACCCCUGGUCCAAGGUGAUCGGAUUGUAAUCGGAUGGAGCAACAACAGCAAAAUAAUUAUCUGGAAAUCCGUUUGUUCACAGGAGAUACAUUUUGACAUCAGCAUCCGGUUCUUUAAAUGUGGUUUAACUGAAUCAGGCUAACAGGAUGUUAGCCGGCUAAAAUGAUCCCGUUAGUUCUCAUCAACUUGGUCCUUCGAACACUAUCAGAGGUUUGAAGUCUUUGAUGGAGUCAUGUUGAAUAAUAGUGCGCUCUUAUUUUGAAAUAAGGACAACAUUAUCAAUGUAGUUCAUGUGAUUGUUUUUAUGACUGGCUGAAAUGGCACUAAAGCUACAGACACCGUUAACCUGCUGAGCAGCUGCAGUGGAAAUGUGCCAAGUCUGGUGAUAUUCUACAUUUCUAGAGAGCUCCACUGUUCUCCAGAAACUUUUGAAAACCCAUCAAUGAGACGUUGCACUGGGUGACAUUUUGACAACUGUAGUUCAUUUCAGUUCAUCUCACACCAUCCUGCUGAUGUAAAUACUCACUUGUGCUCCAAAUAUGUAUUAAUCCACAGCUGAAAAUAUUGCUACAAAAAUUCCCUUUUUACUCCUGUACAUUUGCUAAAAACUACUGUGCCCGGUUGUUAAACAGAAUAGUUCACCCAUUUAAAAAAAUCUUCAGAAUAGGACAGAUUGACUAACAUAUUGUUGGUUUGGGAUUAUUGCUUGCCUUAUCCUUUUUCCUAAAGCCGAGCAACAUUAAAAAACACAAAAAACACAUUUUAAGUGUGCAAUAAACCCCUUCCAAGAUCUGUCAUGAAGCAGAAUAAACUUGAAAAUGUAUUUCUGUGUGUAAUUUACCUGCAAUGACAAUGAAUGAUAGAUUAUUUCAAUCCAACUGUACUCUACAAUUUGUAAAUUUCUUCCAAUUGUGUGUUAAAAUGGCAAAUCCCCAUCAAAAUGUCAUAAAUAACCACCACGUUUUUGAGUCAUUUGUAUCGGAAAAAUAAGCUGAUGUAUGAAACUUUUAAAGGGGUAGAAAAGUCAUCCAGAUAACGACCAAUGAGCCUGCACUUUUGCAGCUCUAGAUAAACCUGCUUUGAAUAUAUUUGAAAUGAAGCGAACUCCGUUUUUGCAUGUACGAAGAACAGGGCCCGGUGCAAAUGUAAAGGAGUAGAAUUGCAUGCAAAGGAGACGCAUGGUAACUGUAGGUGUAAAGCGGCUCCGUCUGAGAGUCCAGUUGGUGACCUGUCCGUGUCUCCCUGCAGGAACUGCGGUAACGUGUUCUGUGCCAGCUGUUGCGACCAGAAGAUCCCAGUGCCAAGCCAGCAGCUGUUCGAGCCCAGCCGCGUCUGUAAGACCUGCUACGGCAGCCUCAAGCUCAGCCCGGCUCC